AUGAUGGUUCCUAGGGCUUUUCUUUUCAGCUCUGUGUCUUCAGCGAAGCCAUUCAAGCAAGAUGAGAAGGAUUUGCAGCCAACCUCAACCUCCGCCGUGGCUUUUUUCACAGCGCAGGACGUCGAGUUUCCCAGCGAGGCGAACUCUCAUGCUACGAGCCCAGUAGUGAUUCCUCCGAAACGCGGACCUCGCGUUACAUCUAGGCUUGAGAACAACACAGCCCAUGGCUCAAAGACACCCCGGAAUCAAACGAUAUCUCCGCGGUCAUCUUCGUCCGCUUUGCGCGAUCGUUAUGUACCCACGUCCAUUGCGUCUAUCCUAGAAGCCACCGCGAUUCCAGUUCCCCGACGCACCUGGAGUGUGCGAGAGUCGCGGAGACUACCGCGCGGAGACCACGUGCAGGAGUUUAGCAGGUUACUGAUGGAAGGGGUCAGAUCAAGAGAUGACCAUUUGCUGGAAGGAACUGGUAGUACUGCGCUUGACAUCUUGCUUAGCCCUCCAGAUGAGAGCGAGAAGUCGGUGGUUGGCAGCGAUUACGAGUCUGAGACACCGUCAUUCUCAGGACAAUCUAUGUCUCUCGAGUCGAUGCCGUCCUUAGAUCACGAUCUGGAUUCUCCAUCUAGCCUUCCUGUGCCACCUACCCCAGCAAGCCAACGGAGCCCUUCAGAAAGAAAAUACCGCCGCCCACCACAUCCAGAGGAUUGUGCUUUUGACCAUCCUCUGCUGGAUAGGGAUCUGUCGGAGUCAGAUUGGAGCCUGGCUGAUUCGCAGCCCUUGUUUACUGAUGCCACUCCUUCCAAAUCCCCUAGCCCAUCCCGGUCAUUUCCUCGUUUAGGCUCCUCGUUCAAAUCCAAUCUGACAGCAUCUUUACGAGCAAUCAAGUCCGCUGCUCAAACCGUUUCGACCUUUGCUUCCCCGUCGGUACAACCAGAGGAUUUCCUCACGCGGUCUUUGUUUAAUAUUACUCCAGAGAUGACGGACGACCGACGGCCUCCGCCUAUGAAAGAGCCGCCAUCACCCGCCCUCAGGCGGUACCUGAACCCGAUUCAGGUUUCACCGACCGAGAUGUAUGCCUACCAAGACUAUCCACAUGAAACCCUGGAUUCUCGGAACUGCCCCGUAUCGAUCCAAAUGCAGACAUACCACCGUUCAGGGGGGCGUGGACGUCGCAAGGGCAGGUUUCACCUCGCCGGCUCCGCAAGCCGAGAUCAACAAUUACUACCAUUCGAUCCAGAGCAUCCGACCUUCUCACGUCCCCGAGAACCGCGGGAGAACAGUGAUUUUCUGCGCAUGGUGGUUCUCGAAAUGAACAUGAGACGUAGCGGAAAGCUUCGGGACGACAUCCCUACCCGGGCGCGGAUCUGGUUACCACCUCGGAAAAGCAUCCAGCAUCGGGUUGCAAUCUACGACUUUGAUGAACAUGACCAAGAGGAAGAGGCCGAGCAUGUAAUCCCUCCAAGAUGGGUCGGAAUUUCUGCCUGA